AUGUAUUGUCUCCAAGUUGCAGCUUAUCACUUGUUCUUCAACGCGUCUCGAUUCUUUUAUAUUUUCCAUGAUAUCUCAGUUAUGGAUCACGUCGGCAGUUCUAGCACGACAUCGUUUUUGGCUGUUGCUGAUACCCAACAAGUUCAGGAAGAGUUUAAUGUAACUUUCUCUGGUGUUUUCUUAGGAUCUAUGAUCCAAGAGAUUGCUGAUAAUGUUUUCUAG